AUGGCUUACGGUACCUUGUGGAAAAGGCUGUCGGCCAGGAACCUCGCAAUACUGAUCCAGUCCUUCUCCCUCAUCUCUAUCUUCUUCGAAGGAUAUGACCAGGGUGUGAUGGGAGGGGUCAAUUCUUCAUGGGAUUAUAUCAACGAAGUCGGAAUUGGCUCAGACGGAGUGGUCACCAACACUACUCACCAAGGAGGAAUCGUGUCCAUCUAUUAUCUCGGUGCCAUUGUUGGCGCCUUCGCAGGCGGAUGGCUAGCCGACCGGAUUGGGCGUAUCAAUGGUCUCUUCUGCGCUGCUUUGUUUGCUCUUAUCGGUGGUGCUCUACAGGCUGCUGCCCAAAGCUCCGACUUCAUGCUCGUUGCCCGAGUGGUCACUGGUCUUGGAACGGGUGCUUUGACUUCCAUCACCCCGGUUUAUAUCUCCGAGAUCUCCUCCGCUGGGCAUCGAGGUGGUUUCCUGGGAUAUGUCUUCAUCGCCAACUAUCUGGGUAUUAGCGUAGCCUACUGGCUAGAUUUUGGUCUUGCAUAUGUUGAUGAAGGUAAAUCAGCUGUCAGGUGGAGAUUUCUCCUUGCAUUCCAGUGCUUCCCAGCUCUCCUGCUCCUUGCUGGUGUCAAGCUUCUGCCAGACUCUCCUCGCUAUCUCGCCUAUGCUGGACGUCUUGACGAAGCCAAGGAGGUGCUGGAGCACGUCCGAGGGAGCAAUGAUUACGAGGUAGAACAGGAAUUCGCAGAGAUCUGUGCUGUCGCCGAGGGCUCAGAACCCAGCUCCCCUAUGCAAUUCGCAAAAGUCCUCUUCGGCCGUGCAACCAGUGCUCCUCACCUUGGCCGACGUGCUUGGCUCUGCAUCUGGCUUCAAAUCAUGGCUUCCUGGUCGGGAAUCACGGCCGUAACUGCGUACUCGCCAGUGCUCCUCAGGCAAGCCGGCUACAGCUCUGUCAAACAGAACGGUCUUGCUGGUGGCCUCAACACAAUCGGCAUAGUAGGAACUAUUAUCUCUGCCAACAUCGUCGACCGUUUCGGCCGCCGGAAGUGCCUGAUGUGGGGUGCAUUCAGUCUUUUCCUAGUGAACGUGAUUGCAGCCGCCCUAUACGAAGGUUCCCGCGCAAACCCUAACGAGGCUGCGUCAAUUGCCCCUGCGGCGGUGACGAUGCUCUUCCUCUUCAAUCUCUGCUACGCUGCGACAUGGGGUACGGUAGCCUUCCUCAUCCCAACUGAGAUCUUUCCCUCGGAGAUGAGAGCCCAAGGCAAUGGCUUCGGUAUCACAGGUUGGGCAAUUGGAGUAGGAUGGACCACGUUGGUCAACCCAAUCAUGUUCGAGUCCAUGGAGAGCCGAACGUAUUUCCUCUUUGCCGGCCUGAACCUUCUCUGGAUUCCCACGGUCUUCUUCUUCUACCCAGAGACGGCGAACCGCACACUCGAGAGUAUCGAGAUAAUGUUCUCAACGAAGAGCCCACUGUACAGCAAGAUGGAGGCAGCAUACCAUGCGGCUGGCGACGGAGAUGUUCUCGGUACCAGAGCUGCGUCCGUCUCGCAUAAUGCAGACAAGACGGCCGAUACGGAAUCGGUAUCGCAUUCUGAGAAGGUUUAA